AUUGUCUAUACAAGGCGAAGAAGAAAAUGCGCCUCAUUCGUUUCCUUGUGUGCAUGGUUUAGUUACGUUAAUAUUCGUUCUAGCUAUCCCUUGACAAAGAUGCCGUAUGCUAACCAGCCCACCGUAAAAAUCACCGAACUUUCAGAUGAAAAUGUCAAGUUUGUUAUCGAGAACACAGAUUUGGCGGUUGCUAACUCCAUUAGACGAGUCUUCAUGUCAGAAGUACCCACUAUAGCAAUCGACUGGAUCCAGAUAGACGCCAACUCAUCAGUUUUGCACGACGAGUUCAUCGCUCACAGAGUCGGUCUCAUCCCGCUCACCAGCGAUGACAUUGUUGAAAAGAUGCAGUACUCCCGGGAAUGUACCUGCAACGAAUUCUGUCAAGAGUGCUCUGUGGAGCUGACGCUGGACGUUCGCUGUACCGAUGAGAAGACGCGCAACGUCACCUCGCGUGAUCUGCUGUCCAACAACCACAGAGUCAUCCCCGUGACUUCCAGGAGUCGAGACAACGAUCCCAAUGACGACGCUGAACGAAACGAGAUUUUGCUCGUGAAGCUCCGCAAAGGUCAGGAACUGCGACUGAGAGCCUACGCCAAGAAAGGCUUCGGUAAGGAGCACGCCAAGUGGAACCCGACUGCUGGAGUGGCGUUCGAGUACGACCCCGACAAUGCGCUGCGGCACACGGUCUACCCUCGGCCGGAGGAAUGGCCCAAGAGUGAAUAUUCAGAAAUCGAGGAGGAUGAAGUCCAGGCUCCCUACGAUCCCAAUGGAAAACCCGAAAGGUUCUUCUACAACGUUGAGUCUUGCGGCUCCCUGCGACCCGAGACCAUCGUCAUGUCCGCGUUGGCCAUCCUCAAAAAGAAGCUGAGCGACCUCCAGACGCAGCUCAACCACGAGAUCCAGAGCGACGUGCUCACAAUCAACUGAAGGUACCUCGCCACUCCCAACGGGAUCACUUGGGAUCACCUAGUAUCCGAAAAACAUCCGGACGUUUACAUUUUCCACCUGACAGAAAUGGUAAAGACACCCAACCUGCAACACACAAACUAUUUUUUAUUCAUAUUUACAUUUCAUCAUUUAAAUAAAUACGCCAUCUUAUAAAAAAAAAACCUUUUGUCUCAAUUCAACGUCACUUUUUUGGUGAAACUGUGACCUAAUACUGUAGUAUCCUUAGAACCUAAUACUGUAGUACCCUUGGAACCUAAUACUGUAUG